UGAGGACUAAAAUGUUUCUUUUCGGACUUCAGGCGUGACGAGGCCGCCUACCGAAGAGGGGUUCAAAAUGAUCGACGACGACAUGACCUGCACCAUUCCGGACCCCCUGUACCGAAAGCUAUCGCCCGAAAAGCGGGUCGAGCUGGCCGGGAAGAUACGGCACCUCUACUUCAAGGGAGCCCAUGUCACCGAGGAGACGGCUGGGUCCGUCAUCGACCUCUUUGGAGACCUGCAACUGACGCAUGGAAUUCACGUGACAUCGAAGUGGUUUGCCCACUACUCGUCUGCCAACAACCCACUGUACAUUUACUUCUUCACCUUCGCGUCUAAAUUCGGACUUUCCUUUUUCUUCUCGACGAAAAAUCUGAAAGGGGCCGGCCACGGGGAGGAGCUGAGCUACGUCUUUCGGCACCAUCUGUUCAAGAACCACCCGACCCUGAAGCAGACCGCGCGCGAGCAGGCGAUGCGUGAGACGAUGGUCGGACUGUUGUCCAACUUCAUCAAGUCCGGAAACCCCACGCCACACAACGCGACGGUGGCUGCAGAUACCCAGAAGGUCAACAUCAGCUGGCCCGCCGUUCAUCCUGGACGAAUGAAUUACCUGGAGAUUGGCGAUGAGCUCUCUGUGAAGAAAGACUUUCUCAAGGAGCGCAUGAACUUCUGGGACAGAGUUUACAGGGACACAUUAGGGACGCCGCUCUACGACUUUUUUUGAUUUAACGACAUUGAAGCCUUCGGUCCUUCGGUCGAUUGCGAGCGUCCAUUGUUUUCUAUUAUUUAUUGGCCGGGGGGUCAGACAUAACUUGACCAACCAGACCUAACUGACUAUAAUGUAUUAACAAGUUGAGUCCUGGGCCACAAUAAGCCGCUUUUGCGACUGCGACCCCCCUGGGACUCAACGUGUUAAGGCGAACUUUAUGAGAUAAGUAUUCUGUAAAAUUGAUUUUUUAAUUGAACUUAAAAAUAAAUACAGAUAAUCCGUU